AUGCAGAUAUCGUCGUUAUGCUCCACUCAAUCAAGCUGCAAGGGAUGGGGGCUCGAGUGCAGCUGGCAGCGGAAAACGCAGACGGUGUCCACUUCAGAGAUGGAAACGAGAGGCCCGGCCGCUGGACGAAUCAGUUCGUCCAGCGCUCUGCCGUCGCGAGCACGCUGCAAAGAGGCCAAUCGGAAAUUCGGAAGUUUCUUGAGUUGCGAUACCCACAUUCUCAAACUGGACCACAUUUUCGAGGACUGUCAGCGGCAGCAAUUUCACAAAAUGUCUCACGGCGAGCGAAAAGGCCGCCUCAAUGUGGUCAAGUUUCUGGAACUGGGUUUUGCGGUAGCGUGUCUAGUGCUCCACUUCUACAGCUUCAACGAUCGCGAUAUAAUGACCUCGUUCCUGGCCACCGGCACCUUCACGGGCUACAUCAUAGUGGUCAUCGGGGUCUUCGCAGGUGUUCUGAUGCGGGCACCCAUACACAAGCGCAUCGAUAUAUUCUUCAGCGUCCUGGGCUGCACCUUGUUCGUGGCCAGCGGGGUGUUCAUCAUAGAGGCCUGGGAGUUCUCCUUCCGCACCCGAACUCGGGAUCUCGCGCUCAUCAAGGCCUCGCUGUCCAUCGUCAAUGGGGUGCUGUUCGGAUUCGAUGCGGUGUUCACAUUUCGCGACAAGUGAACAAGUGAUUCGUUCACUUUCAGACGGAGACCACUGGCCAAGUUCUCUGGAGCUCCUUUUGUAUGCAUUUAGUAGCUUGU